AAAAAGUCACAAAAUAAGUAACCCUAAAAGAAGAUUGAAAAUAUUCACAUUGAAGAAACAUUUAUGGACAGAACAGACUCUAAGGGAAUGAAGGAUUUAACCUCAGCCUGCAUUGUACAAGACAGAGAAUAUCAUACCAAGUCACUGCAACAAAGAGGAGGGGAAACACCCCAAACCAAUUAAAAAAACUUAUUAUGUAUCCACAGACUGACCUAAGAAGACUAAUUUAAAGACAACAGAGAAGGGUGGAUGUUUGCCAAGAAUUAAGUUCACUUACAUGAGGAUUCAUGUUAUAAGUCACACCCAUCUUCAGAUUUUUGGCCACAGUGAUUGAAGUUUGAGAAGAUAACGAGUAACUGAAAAAAAGGUUUUUAAUGGACAGCCUGAGAUAGUCCCAGAAGUCAUGCUACAAUCUAGGUCCAGUCCCAAGGACAGAAGAUCUGCACAUUGGAGAAGAGAACGGCAGCUCAUGGUUUCAACUGAGAGAGACAGAAGCCAAUCUUCUAGCAACACCCUAAGAAACAUUGUUAUGAACUUCAGAGCAGGAACAGGCCACUGAUCAGAUGCAAACAGAAUCUUUACCUUCAUGUCCCAACACUGUGUCACCAGUGAGGUUAAACAAUCUGAUCGGUUCUCCAAGGUUCGGAACAGUCACUCCAAAUCGUGUCUUUGUUGGAGGAAUUGAUUUUAAGACUAAUGAAAAUGACCUGAAGAAGUUUUUUGCUCAGUAUGGCAGUGUGACAGAAGUGAAGAUAAUAAAUGACAGAGCUGGAGUGUCAAAGGGGUAUGGCUUUGUUACAUUUGAAACCCAAGAAGAGGCACAGAAGAUUUUGCAAGAUGCUAAAAAGCUCAACUAUAAGGAUAAGAAAUUGAAUAUUGGACCAGCAAUAAGAAAACAAGUGCGGAGCCCUAAUGCUCGUUCUGCUGUGACACCACAAGCUGGUACAAUGUAUGCCACUACUGCUGUAUCACCAGAAGCUGGUACAAUGUACUUGACCACUUCCAGUGGAUAUCCAUAUGUUUACCAUAAUGGAGUGGCUUAUUUUCAUACAUCUGAAGUCUCUCCUGUUCAGCAGCCAUGGCCAUCUCGCUCUGUUUCCAGUUCACCUGUGAUGGUUGCUCCACCAGUUUAUCAGUCUCCUACGUACCAUUAUCAGGCACCAACACAGUGUCUUUCAAGUCAGUGGCAGUGGUCUGUUCCACAGUCUCCUACCUCUUCACCUCCACUCCUGUACCUGCAACCAUCUGAAGUCUUUUAUCAGCCAAUAGGAAUUAACCAGGAAGGUGGAUGUAUAUCUCCACCUCUCCUAAUGGAAGCUGCAGUUCCUGAGCUGUAUUCUGAUCAUGGAGUUCAAACCCUACAUCACCAGCCCUAUGUCCAGAGUCACAUAGCCAUGCCUGCAGCUUCCUUCCUGUGUGGCUGAGAUCCAUCAUCACCAUAGGAGCUAGCAGCUGCCAGUUGUGGCAUUUGGGGAAUUGAGGUUGCAUUCUGUGAGAAGAAAUGUUCUGCAUCAUUCGUCUGUGAGUCUGAAACCUCAGUAUGCAUCAAGUCAUCAGUUGCCUCCUAGAAAAGAUUACAGAAUGGAAGCUAAAACUUUACACCACCUUCUACAGAUGCUGUAAAACACUGGGGUUUUUAGCUCUGCAUUUUGCUAAAAUACUUCAUCACAGAGAGAGUAUGUUCUUCCUAACUUCUGAUAUUUCCUUGCAGGUUCCCCAGUUAAAAUACCGCUACUCUCUGUCAAGUAAUAGCUUGAAAUUUUGUAGUUUGGUCAGGUAAAACCACAUGAAAUAAUAAUUUUUUCCCUGCACUUCCCUUCUUAAUACAAACCCUGUUACAGGACAAGAAGGUGAUUUCUGAAACAGACUACUGUAUGUAUUCCAGUUACUAGCCCAGACUGAAAGCCAACAUACUUCUACUGAAGAGAUAAUGUCACCUUUAAUUUCUGGUUUACAUAAACUUUAAAGAUUAGUUACAAAGUUGAAGCCGUUUUGCCACAUACAGCAUUUUUGUACUGUGGAUAAAAUCUGAUUAUUUAAAUCCAUGUGAAUUUCAUUUCCAUUCCAAAAUAAUUUGUCUGCCUUAAUUCUUCUUG